UUGAAUUGUUGCAAGUUUUUGCGAGGUAGCGCAUCCCUUCGUUUCUUUCUAUCCGUGUUGGAUCUAAAUGGAUUCCAUAUUCUCUCUGGUUCCUUUCAAUAAAUUCUCUCUUCCGCUGAUCCUCGAUCUCAGUUUUGCCAGGGACUAUUACACUACUCGGCCAACCGCUUGCCUAAUAAAAGUUUAUAAAUAUGUGGAAAUAUUUAACCUCAAUUUUGAGACGCAUCAUAUCCUGAACAUAAGGCCGCAACAAAGUAUCUGACCAACGUUCCCAAUGAUAAAUGCUGUAUACUUUAGUAACGCGGUAUCCUUUCCUCAAAGCAAGUUCAAGCUCUACUGAACAGGUUGUACUAACAAAUCCUCGUUCAUCAUCUUUGUGUGGACACCAUUCAUGACCAUUUUCUUUAUUAUAUUUACUGUUUGCACGUAUCGCUAACCCAGGCGAUGCUUCCACG